AUGGUCAAGGAUACAGAGUAUUAUGACAUAUUGGGCAUUCAGCCCUCUGCAACUAGCACUGAGAUUAAGAAGGCUUAUCGUAAGAAGGCCAUGGAAACACAUCCAGAUAAACAUCCCGAUGAUCCUGAUGCUCAAUCAAAGUUUCAAUCAGUGGGUGAAGCAUAUCAGGUCCUCAGCGAUGACGACUUGAGAAAACGUUACGAUGAAUUUGGUAAAGAUAACGCUGUACCACAGCAUGGUUUUGAAGAUGCUGGUGAAUAUUUCACUGCUAUUUUUGGUGGUGACGGAUUUAAGGAUUGGAUAGGUGAAUUUUCAUUAUUCAAAGAAUUCAAUGAGGCAACAGAUAUGAUGGAUGAAACUAAAGAAGGUAAAGAGGAUGCAGUUUCCACAAAAACUAAGAUGAACAAAGAACAACGUGAAAAAUUGAUGGAAAUGGAAAAAAAGAGAAGAGAAGAUAUGAUGAAACAAGUCGAUGAAUUGACUGAAAAAUUAAAAAUUAAGAUUGAUAAUUUUUUGCUUGCCGUUAAAGAGAAACAUUUGGAUGACUUUAAUAGGAAAUUGGAUGAAGAGAUUGAAGAUCUAAAAUUAGAAAGUUUUGGUUUAGAAUUGUUAUAUUUAAUUGCCAAAGUUUAUAGGACAAAGGCCAACAAUUUUAUCAUAUCAAAGAAAACGUACGGUUUUUCAAAACUGUUCACCGGUACUCGUGAUAAUGCGAGAAGCGUUAAAUCUGCCUACAAUCUAAUUUCUACUGGGUUAGAAGCACAAAAGGCGAUGGAACAAAUGAAUAAAGUCAAUCCGGAAGAAUUAGAUGAUUUUGAAAGAGCAAAAUUUGAGUCCAUGAUGGCUGGUAAAGCCCUAGGUGUAAUGUGGGCCAUGUCGAAAUUUGAAUUAGAAAGAAAGUUGAAGGAUGUUUGUAACAAGAUUUUAAAUGAUAAAAACGCUUCCUCAAAACAAAGAAUUGCCAAGGCAAAGGCCAUGCUAUAUUUCGCAGACAAAUUCUCAAAAGCCAAGAGGUCUCCAGAAGAAGCUGAAGAGGCCAGGGUAUUUGAAGAACUAAUUCUUGGUGAACAGGAAAAACGUAAGAAGACCCAUUGA